UUUUUAGGUUCGCUUCUUUGUCUCUUUGUAUCCUACAGUGGACAACAGAGAGGAGAAAAAACAAAAAGAAAGGGGAAAAAAAUUGAGAGAGAGAGAGAGAGAGAGGAGUGGACUUUUAUGUUGUAGCCAUUGAUCGGAGAUGGAUGCUUUGGGGGUUCCUUGAUCGGUGGUGGCCCUGGCCACUGCCGGCGACGGAUGCUUUAUUGAUUGAUUGCCAUGAUCAAGUUACCAUGUUUGAUGCUGCUGUCGCUCUUGUUAGUUCUUAAUUCGUCCGUUGCUCAACGAGGCUUUGUGAGCAUUCAGUGCUGUUCAACAUCAAAAUAUACUGACCCGCGUACGACGAUAACUUACACUUCGGAUAAUUAUCUAUUAGAUGGUGUGGGAAUUUGCAAUAACGUAUCCGGUCUUUCUACACAUCAUCUUUCCACUGUAAGUGCUAGAAUCUUUGGCAAUGAUCAUCGAAACAGGUGGUGUUUUGAUCUUCCAACAGUUAAGGGACGGGAUUACAUCUUAAGAUCUGCAUUCCUAAACGGCCUAUUUUUUCGAUCCAUGAAAGGAACUGCCUUUAAUUUGUCUAUUGGAGCGACUUCUAUGUCACAGAUCAAUUCGUCUCUCAAUGUUCAACUAGUUGAAGCUGUCUUUGUAGCUACAGGGAACCAUACAAAUAUUUGCUUACUAAAAGGGAAUGGAAAUGCUUACAUUUCAAAAGUUGAGCUUAGGCCAUUAAAUGAUUCCAUUUAUCUUAAUGGAAGCUCAUCUUCCAUAUUGAAGUUGAUAGGCCGCGUUGAUCUGGGAAAUAAAGAUUUUACUUUCAGAUAUCCAACUGAUCGAGCUGAUCGUAUUUGGAGUAUUGAUGCAAAUUCAGGGAAUAAUAGUGUUUUAAGAUCAUCUGAUAUCUCUCUCCGAGGUGCUAAAAGUUCAGUACCUAUUGAAGUCCUCAAGACUGCUGCAAUGAAUGCUGAAAAGUUGCAAUUUCUUCAUACUGAUCUUGACAUGAGCCAUGAUGAUUAUCUAAUCAUUCUUUUUUUCCUUGAGCUUGAUACCAAUGUGCGAUCUGGUCAAAGAGUCUUUGAUAUAUAUGUGAAUGGAAAUAAAAUGUAUGAGAAGUUUGAUAUUCUUCAAGAUGGGAGCAUUUCAAACUACCGAGAAUUUUCAAUGAGGGUCAAAUCAAAUGGCUAUCUCAAUAUCUCUUUA